AUGUCUCUCGCUGCCCCCGGUGGUUCGAUCUUCGGCAACAUCGGUAUGCAUACCGAUGCGUCCGGUGGUCGUUGGCUUCGUCUUCCGACUGGCAACGCCAACAAUCGCGCUCUUCUGUUGGCUCUGGCCAUCAACGAUGAGGAGCGUCUCAUCAUCAACAUGCCGUCGCGCGAUAUCGAGAUCCGCGUCACUAGCAACACUUCUGUCCAGCAGUUUGUUGCCAGCAUCAUCCGCCGCCAGGGCUACUUCCUUGCGGUCUUGGUUCAGUCUCGUGGUCGUGCGGCCAUUGCCUGUGGCAAUAAAUGCGCGACUACUGACUCCCCGCGCUUCCGCCAGUGCACCCGCAUUCCCACCUUUCAGGGUGGCGCCUGCGCCGAGUGCGUCUAG